AUGAGUAAUUCUAGAGGUACUCCAAAUAAAAAACAUAAAAGAACACAACCUCAACAGGAUACAUAUAAACCAGAUCCCGCCCAUAAUUCCCAUGCAUACACCAACCCUAAUAGGACCUACAGCACAGUAGUAAAAGAAGGGGUAAGGAAAGACCAAACAUCUAAUACCACCGGAGAAAGAAGAAGAAGGUUCUCAGAGCCAACUUCGACAGGGAAGAACUACCAUACUAGAAACAGACCCGCUCAAACGAUAGAUAUAACAUCUUCUACGGAACACCAGAGUAGGAACCAGUCUGAUUCUCAACAGAACAGUACCACAUCUUCCCAGUUUUUUCGGAAGGACCCAGCCAUCAACAGAUUACAGUGGUCACAGAAAAUACUCCCCGAAGAAUCCCCAGGGAAGAAACGCAGAUUCAUAGAGGAAGAAAAAGAACAAAGAUACAGGGAGAAAAGAAACAGGAGAAGAACGUAA